GCAUUCUGGAAAGACUGCGUGGCCAAGAGUAAAACCGGGCACUUCAGCUUCUGGCUGGGCAAGAUCCACGUCGUGGGUGUGUCCGGCGCAGCAGCUCGCAAAGUCUUUCUCGACAACCCCAACUUCGACUUUGUCCGCGGUGCACAGCUCGUCGGCCAUGGCCCCGACUUCGUCCCUCCCCUGCACGAGAUCUUUCACUCCAACUACCAAAACGGCCGAAGCUACUUCCAGCGCCGCCUGGUGGAUCUGCAGAAAUCGGAGCAGCUGGCUAAGCGUCUACCCGGCGUUGCAAGGGAUGCGCGCGUGGCCUUCGAAGCGCUGCGCGAGAACCCCUCCAGCGUCAUGAACCCGACCGACGCUUGCUAUCGGCUGGUCGUGCAGCAGGCCAGUCGCGUGGUGUGCAGCGACGAGAUCGCCGGCAACCCGGCGCUCCUGGCCAAGACGCAAAACGUGCUGUCGCUCCUAAUGCACACCAGCAGCAUCCACACGGUCGCACUACCGUACCUGCCGUCAAUCGCCAAGCUGAAGCGCCGAUGGGGACGAUACGGACUGAGCCGGAUCGUGACGCCGAUCGUGCAACGACGGCUGCAGAAGGGGGCGCCGCGCAGGGACGACGUGGUACAGUCCAUGGUCGACAGCGGCGACUCGCGGGAGUGGAUGGUGAACUUCUUCAUCAGCAUCCUGUUCAUCGCGUCGGCAAACGCAGGCUACCUGUGCGGCGCGAUGCUGAAUAUCCUCGCCCACCACCCGGACUGGCAGACCAGAAUCUACCGCGAGAUCAAGGCCGUCGCCGAGGCGCACGCCCCGAACCGCCACGCGCCGCUCGUCGACCAGCUCGACUCCAUCCCGCUGGAGGCCUGGGAGACCUUCUUCCCUUCCAUCGACCUCUGCUUCAAGGAGGCCAUCCGCAUGUGGGUGGCUUUCCCCAUGAUCCGCCUCAAUAUGGCCCCGCACGCCGUUCCCAUCCCUGGCUCCAACGAGGUCAUCCCCGCCAACACCUUCGCCGCGUACAACACUACUGAGGUCCACUUCAACCCGGAGUUGUACCCGGAUCCGUACAAGUAUGAUCCUGACCGGUUUCGCGAGGGAAGGGAGGAGUUCAAGAAGGAGGUCUAUGGCUUUGUCGGUUGGGGUCAGGGGAAACACCCCUGCAUGGGCAUGCGGUGGGCCAAGAUCCAGCUCAACAUUAUUCUGGCCUAUGCCCUGGCGAUGUAUGAGUGGAGUGGAUGCGACGCGGAUGGACAGCCGAGCACUCACUUCGAUCGCAAGACGGAUCUGAACGCUCCGGGCCCUAGUUUGCCUGUGGGAUUGUUUUGCAAGUAUGUGCCCAGGAAAAGGGCUUGAGAGGCAAGGAAUAUGCAUUGGAGAUGUCUUUACUAGUCAGCAAUGGGGUUAUCUAUACCAUGUAGCAGAGACACAACUUUACAAUGUAGGAGUGUGCAGCUAUCAAUCCCACAUAUCAAUUGAAGUAGAAGUAGAUAG